UGGAGUGAAAGAACCGAGCAGAGCACUGCGUUUCUGUGUUUGUCCAUCGUACUAAACGGUGGUACUUUACUCAUUCGCGCGCUUAUUGUGGCGUUCUGAUUUGGCGAACUGCAUUGAUUGUUCUACGGUACGUAAAUCUCGAUACAAUGCUCAGUGGAAACUAAUCAAGAACAACCGUUUUUGGUGUAACAACAAAAACAUUGAUCGAUUGACAGUUUCGUUCGUCUUCGGGUCCCGAGCUUGAGACUGAGAGGCCUGCUGAGACCGAGAGUGCGGUGUGCGGUGACGCAAAUAGUGAUUCAGUUCAGUAGGUAGAAGAGUCGACGUCGGGUGUCGUUCCGUCGUCGUCGUCGGUGAGUGCAUCCCACCAAGAGCCCUAAAUGCUGCCCAAAAUGUUGGCCAUCAUCAUGUGAUAAAUAUUAAAGAGCCAGCUAUGUGUGGUGAAUGGCGUUUUUGCCAGUGUUGUUUGUGAAGCUGCAAUAAUCUAUAUGCUGGUGAUAACAUUCAGGGAUCUAAUUCGAUUCGGUAGUAAAUCGUCGAGGUUGAGGUGAAUCUCCCAGAAGAUUGAUUCUCCACCUACCGCAAGUGGAAGAGAAGAGCUGCGUGUGGGAAAUAGGGACAAACGGUGGAGAAUAAAACCCCUAAAAAUAUUUAUAAAUAUGCACUGCCCUGAUGCGGCUGUUCAGUUGUCGUCAUUGAUUGUUGGUCAUUUGUGGAGUGUUUCGAAGCGACGGUGAGUGGGUGUGGAGCAGAAGGGUGGUGCAUUUACUUCAGAAGUACUAAUCUGGCCAGCAUCAGAGCUCUUCGGGUCAGUCAGCAGCUGUAGAACAUUCAGCCAUAGCACACACAGCACACAACCACACGGCGUAUGCUAGAGGGCCAUCAGAAACCAUCCUCGCCCCAAAAACAAGUUAAAUAGUAUUACCUAAUCGUUCUCACCAACACACCCACCGUGUUCUCAGGCCCUUCUGACGAGUGAGUGACGAUUGCGACUGGUGAGAACUGCGAGUCUAGCAGUGAGUGGUACGUAAAGGUAAACAUUCGGCCACCCACACCAAGUGAGUGACUGGUAUUUCGUUUGUGUGCGUGUGGGAAAGAUCCGAAUAAAUCGGAAAGGUGAGGAAGUGGAAAGUGACGUACAAAAUUGCAUAAUCAACACACUGCACUUUAGGAAGGAACUCACGUCCGAUAUACAACGAAAGAUUCUCAAUCGCGUUCUCAACCCAGCACCAGAACGUCUUCGUAGAUGGAAGAGCACCUAUACAUACAAACAGCUGCCACUCACAACCGCGGCAACCUUGCAGCCCAUUCAAAGUGUAAAUAAAAAUAUCGGUACUUCGUCGUGUCGCGAUUCGUGCGCCAGGGAUCAGUCAUCAUCACCGUCGGUCACAUCGCGACUUGUGGAGACACCCCGCCGCUCGUCGCCUGAUCAAUCGAACGGGACACUCGCGAGUGUGUAGUACUAUGUAGGAUAGCUGACAUCAGUGAGGCGCAGUUAUGAGUGUGUGUGCGUGCCGUUCGGUCAACCAUCUUUGAUUCGCUCGCGUGUCGGCUGCUGGCUGACUGCAUCGUCGUCGCAGCAGGCCCUGUCUCGGCCAGCAAGAGCAGGUCAGUCGGUAGUAGGCUAGAAACUGCGAAGAAGCCGAGAGCUGAUCAAAGUGAGCGAGCAGUCGUCUUCGUUUCAGCUCUCAUCGCGGAAUCCAAAAGUGGUUAGCUAGGGUUUAGAUUAGUGUGUGAUUAGGAGUGAGACGGCAGAGGAAGAAGCUUCGCUAGCGGGCGAAAGAGAGAAGUUCGCUUGAAAUGGCUGUGUUUUUAAUUAACAUAUGCAAGUUUAAUGGUUGUGGCAUUACGUUUCCGAGUUUGAGCGAUCUGAUUCAGCACAUCGAGGAUACCCACAUAGACUACGAUUCGCAGGUAAUCGGCCAGAAGGAAAAGUCUCAGUCCACGUGUCUUCCGUUGAGCUACGUGCUGCGGUUCAUCACCGAUCCGUCGCGAAAGGAAAACUCGCUAACCAAUGGUGCCACCGGUGGUGGCGGCGGCAGCCUCAAGGGAAGCCUAGGCAGCAGCGGCGGACACAAUGGCACCAAUGGUCUCACGGCAUCCAGUGCCGGUGGUGGCGGUGGCGGUGCCGACACUACCGGAUAUCAAAGUACCCCACCGGGAACGCCCGGCAGUACCACAUCGUCGUCGUUGCUGGGUGGCAACGGUGGGCUCGGAGGCGGUGGAACUGCGGGCAGUGGCACGGGCGGUGGCGGCGGAAAUUCCGGGGGCAGUGGUGACAGUAAGCUUGCGGCAACCGGGUCGGCUGGUACCGAUAUGAAGCGCAAGAUUGCCAUUAAGCACCACAGUUACAGCAUGUCAUCCUCGAACCGAAGUACAACGCCCACUGGUAGUGAAAUGGACGAUGACGAUAUGAUGGUUUCUGAAUCGGAGGACAGUAACGAUUCUUGGACGACGGAGGAGUUCAGUUCGGAGUUCAUAAUGCGCUAUGGAAGCAGGCGCCAUUCGUCAUCCGGUGGAAAUGGACUAAAUUCAUCCAACGAGAAACCGUUUGCUUGUCCGGUGCCGGGCUGCAAGAAACGAUACAAGAACGUCAACGGCAUCAAGUAUCACUCGAAAAACGGCCACAAAAAGGACGGAAACCGUGUCCGGAAGAACUUCAAGUGUCACUGCGGCAAGAGUUACAAAACGUCGCAGAGGCUAAAGAACCACCAGCUCAGUGCUCAUCAGAACCCAGUGGUGGCGGACGCCGUCAGCACGAGUGCGGCCACCAGCAACAGUGUGCACCAACCGCAGCUGCCCUCGGCGCUGCUUUCACCUGUUUCUUCGUCGUCAUCGUCCUGUUCGUCUUCAGUGUCGUCCAUUGUUCAGUCCCUGUGUUCCUCCGCCAUCAACAGCAACAACAACAACAAUGGCAGUAGCAGUAAUCCACAAGCCGGUGGUGGCAAUGCGACGCUCAGCGUGUCCAGUGCCGUCGCUAUUGCCACCGCAGCAGUAUCUAGUCAAAUGGCAUCCUCCUCUACGAGCUCAUCAUUGUCCUCUUCAUCGUCUUCGUCGUCGUCGUCAUCGGCCGGGUCUCCCAACGGCAAGUACGACAACCUGGGCAUCCUAACGCCGGCGACCUCACCCAAGCUGACGCUGAUGACUGCCACCGGAGGGGCCGGCUCCGACAGCCUUCUCCCGAUGACACCCAUCAGUCCCACGGGAGGCGGAACGGCUAACGGUUCUGGCGGUGGAGGCGGAGGUAGUAGUACAAGUUCUCUGGUAAGUAGUAAGGCCCUGUCGGCCGGCACUAUCGUCGGCCAACUGCACACCGAAGAGACGUAGCCGAUACUCAAGAAUCUACUGCUGAGAAAGUGUUGAAGGUAAACGUGAGGACCGCCGGGUCGGGACCAUGUGGUUCCGGACGUGCGGUCUUCGCCGCCGUCGUCUCGUUUUCGUUGUUAUCUUAGUGAAAGAAUGAUACGCUUUUUAACUUUACGCCCGAUGCAGCGCGGUUUACGCAUGCCAAGUACUGCUACACAGAAACCUAUACACAGGCGGCUGACAGAGAGAGAGGGAGAAGACAUGUAUAUCAAACUACCGAAGACACUACAGAAGAUAAAAUUAUCAGAAAUAUUCACACUUAUUACAUUGAAAUUCGCACCUGCAAUAGCGCAGUUUAGGGGCUUCAAGCGAUCCGUAAUUCAGACGUUCAGAAAAAAAAGGUUCAGAAAUAGAUUUGCUCGGAUUAACCUUAGCAUAAAUAGCAGGAGAAUAGGAACGGUCUCACCACAGGACAUAGUUUACUUGGUAGUAUGUAGAUUUGCAUAACAAAUUCACAGUCCGCAGUCUCAAUCAGUUAAGAGCUGCGCCUAGUUUCGCGUCGCUUCCUACAACAAACAUUAGUGUUUCGCCUGUCUGUACGGUGGACUUUAAACGCCGAAUUUUUGUUUGUUUUUCGUUUCUUUUAUUAUUUUAAAUUAGUCGAACUCCGUACUUAAGUAGACGAGCGCGAGCUGAAGCUACUGAAUUCACUGAAACUGUAUUGUCACUAUCACUGGUUAAGUUUUCGUUCCAACUGUCUGUUUUGUUUUUAUCAAUUAUGGUCCCUUGAGGGCUCUCCCUGUAACUGUAUUUGCACUGUUUUAAUAAUAGACAAAAAAUAUAUAAGCUUCAAUUCUAAACUUCACUCCAUAUAUUUCGAUAGAUUCAAUAGACGUGUUUAGACAGAGAGAGGAAAAGGUAAACAAAAAAAAAUGCGAGAGAACUACAACCCUAGCAUACGAUAUUCUAUAUCAAAGAAAAAUAAAUCCGAUCUCAGAUUCUCGUUCGCUUGUAGCUUGUAAAGAAAAACAUACGAAAAUAGGAUCAGAGAACUGCUAUAUCUGUAAGAGCCAGCAGCAGCGGCGUUGCAACGACCGGAAACAAAAGAAGAUUGAUGAUAAACUAUCGAUACCAAAAUUUACUUCAUAGGAUCUUUAUAGAUAAUUAAUAUAUAUAAUUAUAUUUAUCGUAAAACAAGAAAUGCUGGAAAAAAUAAGACAAAUUGAUACAAUGCA